ACUCACUCCCCUUUUUCGCUCGCGUCUUAGCCUAAUUUUGCGUUGUUCACACCGAACGCUCCUAUGCAUCCUGCCAACGAUAAAACCGAAGCUUCUCUCUCCGCUCCUUGCCCCGCCAUCCACGCCUAUAAAUCUUGAAGCUCGGCUCGCUGACCCCCGAUGGUUGUUUCCCCGGCGCAGUAUCUCCUCAAUGGCCCCAAUCCCGCUAAAGCAUUCACCGGCAUCGGCGGCGCCUAAUGAGGCACGGGUGAUCGUGCGCGACGCCAUGCGCACCGCUGCGCUUGCUUCCUACCCGAGCCUGCUUCCUCCGUCGCCUCCUCCUGUGGCACCUGACCAGGUCGUCGCCGAGCAGGUCAGGUUCGGCGGCCCAGCUGCGGACACGCACGCCACGGUGGAGGCCCAACCUAGGGUUCUCUGCUGCGAGGAGAUCGAUGGGAAGAGGUGGAAUUACGUGGUGGAGGCUGAGGGGCCGAGGAUGUCUCGCAGGGGUUCUUCCCUGAAGGCGGUGUCGUUGCAGUCGCCGGGUGCGCCAAUCGAUGAAAUCUUCGCAUUCAUAAGAUCAUAUGUUGUCCCUGAAGGCUUUCCUGACAGUGUUACCCCUUCAUAUGUCCCAUAUAUGACAUGGAGAGCUUUGAAGCAUUUUUUUGGUGGUGCGAUGGGUGUUUUUACUACACGGACACUUCUAACUUCUGUUGGAGCAUCUAAAAACAGCGCCACUUCUGGAGCUGUUGCUAUUAACUGGAUUCUUAAGGAUGGAGCUGGGCGUGUUGGUAAAAUGCUUUACUCCAGGCAAGGGAAGAAAUUUGACUAUGAUCUGAAGCAGCUUCGGUUUGCAGGUGAUCUUUUGUUGGAGUUGGGUGCGGGGCUUGAGCUAGCAACUUCUACAGUUCCACAUCUUUUCCUACCGUUGGCCUGUAUGGCUAAUGUGGCAAAGAAUGUUGGUACUGUCACAUCGACAUCUACUCGAACACCAAUUUACAAAGCCUAUGCUAAAGGAGAGAAUAUUGGGGAUGUCACUGCCAAAGGAGAAUGUGUUGGCAAUAUUGCUGAUCUGUUGGGGACAGGUCUGAGUAUCUUGGUUUCGAAAAGUAAUCCAUCAUUGGUUGCUUCAUUUGCUUUCCUUUCGUGUGGUUAUCUUCUCAGUUCAUACCAAGAGGUGAAAUCUGUUGUUCUGCACACAAUGAAUCGGGCCAGAUUUGCUGUGGCAGUGAACUCUUUCCUCAAGACAGGGAGUGUUCCUUCAUUGAAGGAAGGCAACGCCAAAGAAAAUAUAUUCAGUUUUCCUUGGUCAAAACAAACAUCUGUGGUCCUAGGAUCUAGAUUUGGAGAAGCUUUUCAAGAUCCAUCAGCAUUUCUUGCCAUAGAGUCAUUGUUUGAGAAAGAAAGGUAUAUAGUGACAUAUAAUCCUUCAAAGGGUAACAUUUAUGCUCUACUCAAGGAUAAAGCAAAGUCAGAUGACAUAUUGAAGGCAGCAUUCCAUGCUCAUGUGCUUCUGCAUUUACUUAAUUCGUCAAAUGUGAAGCAGUCUUCAAGGAAUCUCACACAUCAUUCUCAAUCAUCUAUGAACAAUAGCCUAUCGAAUCAUUCUCAAUCAUCCCUAAACAUUAGCUUGUCGAAUCAUUUACUUCCUACAGCUAUCGAUAUCGAAGCUCAGGUUGCUGAGUCCUGCAAAGCAGUCUCAUGCUUUUAUGAAGAUUUCAAGAGAAAAGCUGCAGAUGAGGGAUGGAUUAUGUCAGAGUCAUUGAUUAACCCUGGUCGAGCUCGCCUUUGUGCCAUGGACCAGCAUUGAUUUGCUUACUCGUUAUAUUUUACAUUGCCUUGCUCUCUUCCUCGGAAGUUCACCAUUCUGGCAAAUCAAUGAUUGCGAGCGCAGUUCAUCCCAGACCAGGAAGUGAUCUUCAAGAUGCAGCACACCCUUCUUUUCUGGAAUUGCACUGUGCCUUCUUCUCUGACCUCUUGCUUGUUCUUUUACCUUAUAAUCAAUUCAAGUCAAUAUUCUUUCCACAUAUU